AUGCCAUCCUUACCAACAGAGAUUCUUGCACACAUCUUCCAAUAUGCGACGUAUAUAGACGGAUUUGCAUUUGGCUCUGAAACUCUCCGCGACGAGUCAGAGCACUGGGUAAUUUCGUCCCUUGCGCGACGGUCGAUUCCCCUUGUUUCUCGAAGAUGGCACAGCAUCGGGUGGCAACAUCUUUACGAACAUAUCGUGCUCCAAACAGCACGUCAAGCGAGUAGGCUCAAUCAACUCCUCUCUUCAAUCAAUUUCGAGGACAGAGUACAAAGGAUAAUGGAGAGGAUAGCGGCUGUUGAAUUUGUUCCGAACUCAUCAGUCCUGCGUGAUGAUCUAGGGAUAUCCUACGACGCCUACAUCGAGGAUUGUAAAAGAAUCCUUCUCCAGAUCCCUCAAGGACGUCUCCUUACCUUCUCAGUCGACCUCUUCGCCUCGCAGAAGUGCCAGGAAAUCCUAGACUUUGCAUUACCACGACACUCAUCGAGCUUGAAAAACUUGCGGAUCUCCAUAGAUCAUGCACACGCCCAAUGGGAAAGCACGCAAUUCCGGCAGCCACAACCAAACUCGCUACCCUUCCCAUUCCUCCGUACACUCCAUCUCGCAAGUGGCAGAGGGUGCAUUCAUCCAUCCUUUUCGGCCUCUGUGACGAUGACGCUACUGUGCGAAAUCGUUCCCUCGCUUGACACGCUACGAACUCUACGAUUUGAUAGGUUGGAUGCUCUUGGAUACGUAGGAGUCGCUCUAUUCUUCCGACAUGCUUCCAAUCUUACCUCCGUACAUAUUGGGAGUGCUGCCCUCACGCAAGUCCUCGGUCAAUUGGACAUAUUUCUGCCUCAGGUCCCAAACCUCAGGCGUCUUAUCCUGAUAGUCAAUGCCGAAGACUCGGACAACUCGGUGCUCAAAGAGGUAUCGAGCGAUAUUAUUCACCAUAAUCUAGAGUCCAUCACCGCCAUUAUCCAGCACAGUUAUUCGUGGCACGCAUUUGCUCUCAUUUGGCCUCUAUUCAAUCUUUUGGAGAAGGAUGGUGUUCCUUCGAUGAAGAGCAUCAGAUUGAUAGGAAACUACCCCAAUGGAUGCAUUGACUCCAACCAGGUGUUUCCGUUGCCCAUUCGUGACAUCUGGAAAAAGGCCAUCACGCUUUGCAGCGUCAAACAAGUGGCAUUCAUCAAUGAGAAGGAUGAGGCGCUCCACCUCUGGGAAGAGCGCCAUUCCGUCAAACCGCUACUUACGGAGGGUGAUGACGGAGAUGCAUCAGAGAGCGAUGAAGGGGAUUGGUUUGAAGAGGAUGCGGAAGAAUACGCGCCUGACCCGGACUAUGGAGCGAUUAGCGACGAUUCACAGGACGGAGUCUACAAAUAUCAGCACAGGUACGACCUUGACUCGCAUAAGAUUGAUUGGGAGAAGGAUCGAUGGAGUGAUCAGGACUAA